AUGAUUUCUUUAUAUUUCUAUAAUUACUAUUGCUAUUUCUAUAACUGCUGCUGCUACUACUACUACUACUACUACUACUACUACUACUACUACUACUACUACUACUACUACUACUACUACUACUAUUAUUAUUAUUAUUAUUAUUAUUAUUUAGAGGAAGUACUUUAUAUUCCAAUAGAAGAAUCAACCAUUGAUGCAUUUCAAAGCGAAUGGAGAAAAGGAAAACCUGUGGUGAUACGUGGUGUUCGAACAAACAGUGAUGUAUCAUGGACUCCUAGCUAUUUUAUCAAGAAUUACAAAAAAGAAAUCAUUGAAGUGAUCAAUUGCAAAACAAAAGAAGUCGAUGAAUCAACGGUCAAGAAAUACUUUUCCGGGUUUAUUAAACACAGCAGACGUCCAGGAUACAAUAAAUCUACUGGAGGAUCGGACAUAUUAAAGAUAAAGGACUGGCCUCCCACCGAGAAUUUUAGUGACCAUUCACCUAAACUUUACAAAGACUUUAUGGAUAUGCUUCCGGUUAAAGAAUACUGUACCGCAGACGGAUACUUUAAUUUCUCCAAUCGAUUACCCGAAGAAUAUAUUCCUUCUGAUCUCGGGCCAAAGAUGUUUAUCGCAUACGGUUCCGCGAAUGGCGAAAAGGGAGUGGGUACAACCAAUCUGCACUGUGACAUGGCAGAUGCAGUCAAUGUGAUGUGCUACGCAGACAAGACCGAUGAAAAUUCUGCAGCGGUGUGGGAUAUAUACGCAUAUGAAGAUCUCGCCGAGAUCAAGAACUUUGUGGACAAGAUUGCCAAAGAGAUGGGCGUCAAAGGGAUCCUUGAUCCAGUACACAGUCAGUGGAUUUAUCUGAAUGACAGUCUUCAACAGAGACUUCUCGAAGAACACAAUAUCACGAGCUGGAGAAUAUACCAGAAUCCUGGUGAUGCAGUUUACAUUCCUGCAGGCUGUGCUCACCAAGUUUCCAACUACCACAGUGCUAUCAAGUGUGCAUUCGAUUUUAUCAGUCCAGAAAAUAUCGACCGGUGCAUUGACGUUACCAAUCAAUUCAGACAUAGUAAACGUGUAGAUGCUCUACAGCUGAAUAACAUCUUGUUGUUUGCAUGGAGAAGUAUUUAUGAUGAGAAUAAUUCACAAAACACAUCACUCUAUACGGAUAAGUAAACUCUAAUCAGAAGCGUCCUGUCUCUUUUUAUAAUAUUAUUGAUUAUAAAAGAAAAUGCUUCAUCAUUUCUUGGAUUAUAUCAUUCAAGAAGAGGUAUCUUUUAACUAUUUUCCUGCUAUAUUUCUUUUGUGUAUUAAGAUGUAACUGUAACUGUAAUAAUUGCAAAUAUAAUAAUCGACUUGUUAAUAAAUAAAUAUAUCUUU